GCGAGGUGAGGUUGAAUGGAUUAACGGUGUUGUGGUGUUGCCUGCUUCAACAGUUGAUCAAAACAAUAAAUUGUUUCGAAUCGAGAGAACAGUUGUGCCCCAGAGCUCGCAUAAAACGGUCGGUUGAAUUGAUUCCAAGACUCGAAGAAAAUAUAGCAGCGCAACUUUUUCGGUUUAAAUUUAAUUUAAUUUUUUUCUUUCUGUGAAUUGAAAAAAGCCAGUUAGUCUCGCGGCCAGUUGAAUUGAUUUCAAGAACAGCAGAGAUAACCAUCACGAUGAAUGCUUGGCAAUUGUUAAUAACAGUAAUGGCCGUUACGGCUGUGUCGGCCAAAUCGGCUGAGAAAAAUACCCGCAUGGAAGCCAUUGCCUAUGUGACGGGACCCUCCGGAGCUGUUGGCAAUGUGACCUUCAUACAGAAUGCCUGUGGUGAGAAUGUCCAUGUUCGUGUCUACAUCAGUGGCCUGACACCGGGUAAACAUGGUUUCCAUGUCCACGAGAAGGGAGAUUUGUCUAAUGGCUGUGCCAGUUUGGGAGGACAUUUCAAUCCCGAUAAGAUGGAUCAUGGCGGUCCCCGUGAUGAGGUACGCCACGUUGGUGACUUGGGCAACAUUGAGGCCAAUGCCAAUGGUGUUGUGGACACCACCUUCACCGAUCACCUGAUCAGUCUGACCGGACCCCGUACCAUUCUUGGCCGUGGCUUGGUCAUUCACGACAAUGUUGAUGACUUGGGCAAGACCACUCACCCCGAUUCCAAGAAAACCGGCAAUGCUGGUGGACGUGCUGCCUGCGGCGUUAUUGGUGUCAACCUGGAGGGUUUUGGAGAAUUGCCCUGUACACGAAAUGGUGGACCCGCCACCCUGACUGGAGUGACAGUCUCGUCCAGCAUUAUUUACCUUGGCUUGGCUAUGUUUUUAUCGAAAUUGUUUUUGUAGAAAGGAAACGUAGAUAAUUGUGUUUUUUAUUAUUUUUGUUAUUUAAUACAUAUUUAUGCAUAAUGUAGAUGAACACGUCCGAAGGGUAUAGAGAGGAUAUCGAAUGAGUUUCUUGGAUGUGUGUGUACAUGAAGACAAACUGCCAAAAUCUUUAAAUGUUCCUCUGUUGUCGUGUUCAACUAUAAUUCUAUUCCAUCCGUUUUUUUUUUUAAAUAUUUAAGAACAAAUAAAAUUGUGAAAGUGAAAAAUCUUUCAUUAAAACAUGGAAA